AUGGCCUCUGCUGCUGAGACAUCUGACGCCUACCGCCACUUGGGCAUGGUAUUUUACAAGCGUGCCAUUAAAUAUCUUCAAAACGACGACUUGGGUGUAUGUAACGACUUUCCCUUCAAGGCACUUGCUAAGAAAAGGACACAGGACACCAGUGAAAACUCGAUAACUCUAGGACAUGUACAAGCUCGGGCUCUGAUAUCCUGUUUCGAAGCUGAGCACUCUAUGUUCUCAAAGGCUUCUAUAACACUUUGUUCUGCCAUUAGAGCUGCACAGAUGCUAAACUUGCAUCAAGUUGACUUCAACGGACCGGGUAGGGGCCAUCUUGUUGACUGGAUAGGAGUUGAGGAACAGCGUCGCACAUGGUGGACCAUAUUCUGCUAUGAUCGCUUUACCUGUGCCACAACUGGAUGGCCGGCACUUAUACAUGAUCAUAACAUCAAAACUCGACUUCCGGCCUCAGAGAAGGCUUAUGAGAACGGCCAAGAGGAGCACACGCGCUUUCUCGGAGACCAGCUACUAGAAUCCGAACAAUACUCCACGUUUGCUGGAGCAGUGCUCGCAGCGCAUAUCUUCCACCGCACCAUAGAACAUACUGGAACGAAUAACAGUCAGGAUCAAGAGGAUCUGGACUUCAAGGGGGACUUGUACUGGCAGAGACAUAAAGGCAUCGAUAAUGAUCUCAAGUUCAUGUUACUGAUGCUGCCAAAGAACCUUUGUCUUCCCGCCAACUUCAGGACUCACAACGCCAUUUUUGUCAACGUUAUGUUACAGACGGCCACCAUCUGCCUUCAUCGGGCAGCUUUGUGGAGGAUGAAGUCGAAUUUAAAUGGGCUACCGAGUUACAUGAUCCGGCUAUCUCAAGACCGUCUACUUCCAGCAGCCGAAGAGAUACUCAACAUUUUUAGAAUGAUACCCGAUCUUGGUGCGACGUUUACGAACCCCCUUAUUUGCUUUGCUGCAUAUAUGGCUGCUCUAGUAUUUAUGGCAAGUACAUCUCUGGCAGAGCUUGAUGAAGAAUAUGGGCAGAAUCUAGACUUCAUACUCAAGAUUCUGGCCGCUUUUGGUCAUACAAAUCUCGUUGCCAAUGCUUUGGCGAAUGAAAUUAUCAAGGAAAUGAGGCAAUGUGGUAUCACAUCUCCUUCUAUGAGCAAGGUUGGAUAUAAACACUCCUUUUCGGUUAUACAAAUACUUACAGUUCAUGCUAGGUCAAUUUACAAGAGACGCAACUAG